AACAGGAUGUGACAGAAGCUGAUAGACGAAGAGCUGAAGACAUGGCACAAACGUGUAAUGCAAAACCAGGAGACCUGAUCGCGAUAACCCAUUUGCUCUAUAAGCACUGGGUUGUCUACAUUGGAGGGGAUGAAGUGGUUCAUUUCGGUAAAGGUGGUGGUGGCUCAUCUGGCUCAUUUGGCUCAUCUUGCUCAUCUGGCCGCGGAAUAGUGAAGCGUGAGAAGUUCACCAAAGUGGACGGCUAUCCCGAUGGCCAUGUCAACAAUCUGCUGGAUGAAAAGUACGUUGCUCGUGACCCUUCCAUCAUAGUGAAGGAGGCCUGUGCGAUGGUGGGCCCACUGCCAAAGUACGACGUUGCCGGUUACAACUGUGAGCACUUUGCUACCGAGAUGCGAUACGGCAAGGCAGAGUCUCGACAGGUGAGAAAUGCCACUAUUGUUGCCACCGCCGGCUACACCGCAGGCACCCUAGCCGCCGCAGCCGGCACAGGCGCCGCACUCGCCGUCGGAGCCCCCGUUAUUGUUGCAGGAUGCGUAGUAGGUGGGGUAGUGGCUCUCUGUGGUGCUGCGAUGGGCUUUGAUGAUUUGUUGUCUUAAGAGGAACAGGAAGACAUGAAGAAGAAAACAAGAACAAAUUCAAAACACUGGCAACAAUGAAUGUUUGCAUGUAGCUGACAGUGAUUAUGAUUUAAACUUUUUAAAAAUAAACGAUUUCACUCCUGCA